AGAGACGCUUUGACAGAUACCGACGGGUGUUAGCAUAUACUGCUAACUGUACCCGAGAGCCCUUUAACACAUAGCACGGAUGCUAACUCCUCCAGUGUCGUUAGGUCAUAAAACAGAAGAACUAGCUCGAAAAUUAAGAUCGGUUAAUGUGUUAUAUUGUUUGAAUGACGUUUUAUUUCCGAAAAAUGAAAGUAGUGAAACUGGUUAAAGCGGAAAUGAGUGUGAGAGUAGGGCAGGACUCCUAUUAAGCCCAAACCCAGGAUUUCAUUAACAGGAUUAUGACUUCCGGAUAAGUCAUUGCAUAUCUGUUUCAUUUACAGGUCACGCGUUAUGGCAAAGACUUUCUAGUCCAUGAAUCACCUUAUUAGCUUUAGUCGGGUUGGGAUUAAUUUCUCCCAUCUUUGGAAAAUGUGAAUAAACUGGGCUGUGUGUGUGUGUGUGUGUGUGUGUGCGCGCGUGCGCGCCCAGUCGGUGACCUGGAUUAUCUCCACACUGCUGGUUACUUACUGAAAGUGUUUUAUUUAUUUAUUUAAUGCUAUUCUUCAAGUUAAUUGUCAUUCCUAAACACCAGAUCUGACCCUGCGAUGUAAUGAUGAACAGCAACGGGAAUAAGAGAGCACCAACAACAGCAACACAGCGCCUAAAACAGGAUUACCUCAGAAUAAAGAAAGACCCCGUGCCUUACAUCUGUGCUGAACCACUUCCCUCAAAUAUAUUAGAAUGGCACUAUGUUGUUCGAGGACCAGAGAAAACUCCUUAUGAAGGUGGAUACUAUCAUGGAAAAUUAGUAUUCCCACGAGAAUUCCCCUUCAAGCCACCUAGUAUUUAUAUGAUCACGCCGAAUGGGAGAUUUAAGUGCAACACAAGGUUAUGCCUCUCUAUCACUGAUUUCCAUCCAGACACGUGGAACCCCGCAUGGUCCGUCUCCACCAUCCUCACCGGGUUACUCAGUUUCAUGGUGGAAAAAGGCCCCACACUGGGAAGCAUUGAGACGUCUGAUUACACCAAACGACAGCUGUCUGCACAGAGCUUGGCUUUUAACUUGAAGGACAGAAUCUUUUGUGAACUGUUUCCAGAAGUUGUUGAGGAGAUCAAGCAGAAGCAAAAGGCUCAGGAAGAGCUCAGUUCAAGGUCGCAACCCCUACCACUUCCAGAUGUAGUGCCAGAUGGAGAGCAAGGUCACUUCGGGCUCCCUGAGAUGAACGGCCACGUCCCUUUAGGAGAAGCGGCAGCUCCUCAGCACCUCGCUCUCCAGCAGGCUAACCGCAAUCACGGACUCCUUGGCGGAGCGCUUGCAAACCUGUUUGUAAUAGUGGGCUUUGCUGCCUUUGCUUACACGGUAAAGUAUGUGCUUCGAAGCAUAACCCAGGAAUGAAACAGGACCCUACUGGACUGGGCUGAAAACACUUUUUGUGGGUAUCAAGUCACCAAAGUAAUCCCCGUUCCUUUAAAAAGACAGUGAGAUGACAACCCUGAUCAACCCUUGUAAGAAUCUGUGGAACAUCAUUACAUGAACACUGACCAAUCAGGGGGAAUACAAUAAGGGUGGAAAACCACAGACCAAUUCCGAUUAAGUGAUUUUUGUGUACACCACGUUCAUUUGCUCUUCGAGAAGUUUCUCGUCUGUGUAAUUCAACCAGCAAUUCAUCUCUUUCCACGGUUCUUUUAUUUUGUGUGUUCAUGGUUUUCACCAUUAUUCAUUACUGAAAUGACAGUUAUUCCUAUAAACACCAAAACUAUUAUUGUCUAUGAUUUGAUCGAAGGCAAAAUGUUACAGCAAGGCACACAAUUUAUUCCUCCAUGUUUUUCAAGUAUCAUUUGCUAUUCCGGCUAGUUGGAACCUCCCCUAUAUUUAAUGCUAUAGAACGAUAAAUGCGGGAGGUAGCGAACACUAUGAAUAAAUGACUUCAACUCAGAUAUUUGCUUACACGUGUUUAAUCGUUUACUCAUAAUGUUGUGUCAGGCAGGAGUCACGUGGUGGCUUUUCUCCCUUUGCACUUUGUAAAAGUGGUUUAAUAAAAGAGUGCUGUCAUGAUUAGAUUAAAUUAUGUCCCAUCAUUUAUUCAGCAUUAAACUCUUUUCAAUGCUGUUUCAAGAA